AUGAUUCUGUCCUGUGUAGUUAAGAAAGUAGCUCAAAGAAUGGAUGAAGACUUUAAAGCACAGUCACUUGACUCUACUCUUCCAAGUCCAUCAGAGACUUUGCUUUCCAUUCGACUGUUAGACUUUAAAACAAGUUUAUUGGAGGCAAUAGAAGAGCUGCGUAUAAGAAGGGAAACAGAAACUAAUUAUGAAGACCAAAUAAACAAAAUUGUUAUAGAGAAACAGGAACUUGAAUGGCAGAAGGAAACUUUGCAGCAUCAGACUGACACACUGCAACAACAAAAUAAAGAAGCUAUGGCAGCUUUUAAAAAACAGUUACAGGCAAGAAUGUUUGCCAUGGAAGAAGAAAAGGGAAAAUACCAACUUGCUGUAGAAACAAAAGAAAAAGAAAUUGAUGGACUGAAAGAAACAUUAAAAGCAUUACAGAUUUCAAAAUACACUUUACAAAAGAAACUGAAUGAAAUGGAUCAAAAAUUGCAGAUGCACUUAACAGCAAAAGAGGAGCAUCAUAAGAAACUGAAUGAAGUUGAGAGGUGUUAUGCUACUAUUGCAUCUCGGUUUGGGAUUGUGAAAGGUGUUCAUGGGAAGCUAGAGCACAGUGUGCAGGAAGCCAUCCAGCACAAUAAGAAACUAGCAUCAGUGAAUAAAAGACAAGAGACUGAAAUAAGUAAUCUGAAGGAAGAACUGAAGAAAGUAACUACAGACUUGAUAAGGUCCAAGGUCACCUCUCAGUACAGGGUGGGAGAAGAAAACAUCAAUCUUGCAGUGAAGGAAAAACAGUUUCAAGAACUGCAACAGAAAAUCAGAAUGGAGACAGCAGUCAGUAAAAAAGUUCAAGAAGAAAACACUCACAUUAAAGAAGAAAAGCUGGAAAUUCUCAGCUCUCUACAGUGUGUGCAGGAGCUGCUUCAGCGAAUAACCCAAACGAAUGUUAGAAUGGAAAGUGAAUUAAAAGCACUGAAAGAAGACUAUCAGGCCCUUGAAAGAGAUAAUGAGCUGCAAAGGGAGAAGGCAAAGGAAAAUGAAGAAAAGUUCCUUAAUCUUCAGAAUGAGCACGAGAAGGCACUAAGAACUUGGAAAAAUGAGGAGGAAAACAUGAGAAGAGAAAUACACACUAUUAAAAAUGAGCUGAAUUCCCUUAAAGGACUUCAUAGACAUCUUGAAGAUUAUCAUCCUCCUCCAGGAAAUCAGCAUUCCGAGCAAGUGGAAAAUCUGCAGAUGCAGUCACCAGCUCAGCCCAUACCAGCAAAUGUGAGUAGUGAAGAACACACAAAAUGCAGUGAAAUACAGGCUAUUCAGAAAGAACAUGAGUUUAUGCAGUCUGUAAUAAGAAAAUAUGAUAAUGGUGGAAAUGAAGAAGAAACUGAAGUAAAAACCACAAGGGACCAGUCUUCAAGCAUUGAGGAAUUAAAGAUAGAACAAAGGCCACAAGUUCUUGAGAACAGUUUUAAGGAUGAAAUUAAUGUUGCUAGCCCUUGUGAAGUAAAGCAAAGGGAGGCUGCUUCCAGGAGCACCCUCUGCACAGAUACUGAUUUAAUUACCCAAGGACACACCUGGGAAAUGCAUGUCCCUGGAUGCAGAGAGGCAGAAGGAACAGCACACAGAACAUCACCAGAUGAAAACAAUGCAGAUUCAGAUCAAAAGCCACAGGACAGCACUGAGCCUUUGGCAGCACACCACACACAAACAAGGAAGGACUUUUUGGGCAGUGCUGACAAUGUAGGUGCUGACAGGAAAAACAGAAGUCAGGAGACCAACACCAGCAAGGAAGAACUGUGUAAUACUGGAGAUGAAUCAAUUUGUGCCAAGGCAGAUGCAAAGUCAGACAGCAGACAGCACAACAGAAGUGUCCUCACACCUGAAGCAUCCAAACCUGAGUCUGAAGCUGUUCUUUGCACUGAGAAGAGUGCUCUGCAUGACAGAAGUACAGACAACCACCAAGCUAAGGAGUUAAGUUCUGGCAUCCUACCUUACACUACAGAGAAUUCUCAAGCAGAAUACCAAAAAUGCAGCUUGCUAGAUAGUGGCAAUUCUGUAGGCAGUGGAUUGCAUAAAACAGAAAAAAACUUAAAUCUGAGUGGUUUACCUAGAGAUAAACUUCCUCUGAAACAGACACCCGUGGAUGCUGAAGGCAGAAAUGAUGACAGUACCAGAAACAUGAACAGCACUGGUGUUCUGGCAAGUGAUGCUCAACAGCCACCGACUGCUUGUUGUGAUAACACAAGUGCUGAUGAUGCUGCUGCAAAAGAAUGCAGAGAUAAAAAGUCUCUCUUAGGUACUUUUAAUUUAUGCCCCCCAAAAACGGAGAGAGGAAUAAAUGCAGAUGACAUGCACAGCAAGCAACCUGAACAAAGCAGUGCUAAACAAACAGGGAAUGCUACAAACACAUGGACUUCCAGUGCUGGAGCCAAAUCUCCAGUAAAGGCUGAUGGUCUUGAAAUUGCUCACAAAACCCCCCCAGCAGAUAAGGCAUGUACAGAUAAACUAAUUCCACAUAAAAAUGUUAACAAUGGUACUCAGAUACACUCCAUCAAAACUGGACAUUCCCUGGAGAUUAAUACUUCAACAAAUAACACAUUGUUAAAAGAGAAAAAAGACUUGCUGAGUAGUACAGUUCCAGGAAUGAAGCUUGCUGAGGGUCACCUGAAAGAAUCAUGCUCUUUAUCCAUGAGAACAUCUGGAAAUUUAGUAAACGUAAGUGUAAGGUCAUCCUUUGAUCUUCCCACCUCAGAUAAAAAAGCUGAGAAAACUCCACUAUACUUGAAUUUUUUAGCUCUCAGUUCUUGUUCAAGAGUAAAUCAAAUGAGAGGUCAAGCUACAUGGACUUCAGCUACGAAGGAGUUUUCCCUUUUGAAAGACAAACCACCAUGCUUAGUGGAAAACACAAACAUUAUUUCAAACACACAGAGUCAAGGUCUCAGUGAAAAUGGGAACAGUGGAGAAACAAGACAAGGUUCUAGCAGUUUGAGCAGAGCUGCUGACACUCUGAAUACCUCCAGUAUUCACCAAGAGCCCCAGGGAGAGCGUAGUGAAGAAUGGAAUGCUACAGCAAAGGCUUUUUAUGAUUCUUCUUUUCCCACAGAACAUGUUAAAGAAGGAUUUGCUGCUUUACAGAACAAGCAGAAGUGUUCUCACGUGACUGUCACUGCAGCAAGUGACAGAGCACUCAAAGAUGAGGACAGCUGCUCUCUGAGGAACUCCAUUAUACAAAACCAAAUAGGAGGAAUUGAGAAGUUACUGAAUUUGGAGAGACUUCAUUCAGCAAGAAAGAGAAAGUAUGAAGAAGGCCAGUGAACACGAGCACCAGGAGAUAAGCAUUCUUUUAGGCAUAGACAGAUCACUUACCUAACCCAGAUUAGGAGAGGUAUUCCUACAGAAUAUGGUAUAUAUGUGUAGUUUUAUGUUUAAUGUAACAUGUUAACAGUUCUUAUGUUCAAAAAUGUAUGCAAUUCAUACUCCUAAUGUUAGUGCUGGUUCUGCAGUCAAAUUCAAUUUAUUAAAAAGUUCCUAAGUUUAUAUUUUUAUGUAUGUUUAAUAAAAUUAAAUAAUUACUUGACUGUACCCUUCUCCAGCUCCUCAGAAGUUUUGGCUGAAAUAGUUCAAUUCAUUUUCCCUGACAGACUGCUCACUCAGUUUUCAGGCAAAAUCACCUCCAACUGUUUCAGAAUGCAAUGGGUUCUACAAACAUUUACAACUACUUCCAGCAGUUCUGAGUGGCAGAACACAAAAAUCUUCUGCUCAUCUUUACUGCCGAAUUAUUUAAAUCUAUCUGUUGUAGUUUCUGUCUCAGUGAGGUGUCUUUCAACACUGAAGGAUGAGGUAUGAUUACUGAGAUAAGGCAGCAGAUCUGGCUUCAUGAAGCUUCACUUCUGUUGGGUUACAUUUCUUCUCCCUUGGGUCUAAGGGAAAUUUUCUCUUACUUUAAAAAUACUUGCACUAUCACUUUUCUGACCUCCCUCCCUUCCUCCCCACACCUCUUGCAAAGAAAGGCCCCCAUAC